UUUACAUACAGCAGCUGGCAAAACGAGAUGACGUUCGACGUUGUAAGCGGCCCUGCUUUUUAAGAAGUUUUGCUUUUGUCCUUGGGAAAAUUCAAUAAUUUACGUUCGUAAUGCGGCUCAAGAUUUGCGGACAGUAAACGGAACUGCAGAACCAUGGGGCAGACGGCAUCGGAGGCUUUGCCAGAGUCUAUGGGAACCCUCAUCCAACAUGCCAGAACCAUCACCGACGUCGCCAGUCUGAGUUACGACGACUUCCUCGACUGCAUACGCCAGCUGAACACAUUGUGUUGUAGAUGCGUGGACAGUAAAGGCAGGAAGCUCGUUUUUGCUGUGAAGAAAGGAAGCGACACUUCGAUUCUAUGGAAGAGCACCGUCAGGAUCGCUUGCGUCAGGGUUAAUGUGACCACGAAUAAGAUUGAAAGUCACAAAAUUUUAAACCUCCCUCAGCUCUUGAAGGUGGCGCACACCCUGAAAGGCCACUUGGUCGCAGUAGAGAGUAGCGCUUCAGGACACCAUGCCCAUGAUAUUUUGAGCACAUCAGUAUUAUUAAAUGACAUGGAAGAUUCAUGUAUGGGGAACAACAUUGGCGAAUGCUGCAUUUGUCUCGAACGAAAGCCCGAGGUUAUAUUGCCAUGCGCGCACAGCUACUGCCUUCCAUGCAUUGAACAGUGGAAUGUAAACCACAAAACUUGUCCCAUUUGCCGGGAGAAACUUGAAAGCACUGACGACUCUUGGGUAAUUUCGGAGGCCCCCGACAGCGAUGAGGUGAAUUUAGAGCUGGAGAAAUCCUUGAUUAACUUGUCAGGAGGCUCCGGCCAAACAUAAUCGAUACACUAGGAUACCUAGUUUUAAGGGCUGGCUGUGUUCCUUUGAAGUGUCCGAAAAUAGUACUUUUUUAAUUUUUAAUGACAAACAAUUUUUGACAUUCCUUUUGGAAAACACUGAUAUUUAUGAAAACAGCCUCUUCGCGCGCAUGAAGGGUUAAUUACGCUUAAAUAAACAUGACCUGAAUUUUUCAGCGAUUAUGUGUACUGUUUAAAGUAAAUAGCAAUGCAUCGCUGCAGUGAUUGCAAAUAAUUAAAUUGAAGUACAUUAUAACCCGUAAUUUAACUAAAUGAUGAUAAACAACAUAAAUAUUAUAAUAAAUAAAUUACAUUAUGUAUUUGCAGUUAAAACUGUUCAAAACUGAAUAAAAAGCAAGUCAAUCUGCCUUGUGGAUACUAUAUCCAAGAAAUUUUAUUUAAAAAGUAACAAAUCAUUAUAAUAAUUUCAAGUUUCACAAGCCACAACGCAUCACCCAAUACACUAUUGAAAAAAUUAUCUCUGACCUUUCCGCUUUUUAGCAGCCUCCUUUAAGCGCUUCUUUCUCUCAAUGUCAGCCAAAUCCUCCAAAAUACCUAAAAG